AUGUUUACAAAUUUGAAAUAUUUCUUUGAAAUUUGGAAGCAAUCUAAAAUGGUAUUGAUAUAGUUAGUAUUAUUAAAGUUGAUUGUUUAAAAUAAUACGUAUUUUUUCAAUAUUAUAAAUUGUCAACUCGAAUUCGGAUAAAGAGUAAUUAAAUAAUUGAACAAUUCACUAGCAAAUAUGGGAAAUAUUGAAAUGAAAGAAGAGGCAAUCACAACUUAAUAAGAAUGUCAUCAUUGUAAAGGAAUUGGGUACGUGACCCAAAAAUUCUCGAGAAAAUAUUUAGAUCAAGAAUUAUCACCAACUCAAAAAAGAGAAAGAGAUUAGUGUUUAGAUUGUUUAGGAAAAGGGCACCUAAUACUAGAACACUACGACGAGAAAAAUUUUACUUUAUGA